UCACCAUGAAAUUCAGUUGCCAAAGAUUGUGAUAAUGAACGAUAUAUAAAGAAAAACUUGCCCCAUUAACAGACUGACAGUGUUUCAUCGCUAGUGGUCGAGGAAGGAGUGUGAAAUACUGAGCAAGCUGUUUCCUGUGGGUUGCCCUUGCGGGACCACUCUCCAGUCCUAAGUCUUAAGCAGCCGUAUAUGGCGUGGGAAGUCAGUCCUGUCCUUGCUGGGCAGAGAGGCGGUGGUGCAGGAAACCCUGACUCCCUGAAAGUAACGUGACCAAACAUAAGAUCAAACACCAACAUGCAUUUGUUGCACAUUUCAGUUCCAUGAAUGUUGCUCAGAAAAUAUUGCAAACAAGUUCGUGCUAUUUAGGAAGAGUCAACGUGAUUGCAUGUUUUGUCACACCAUAUCACUGCCUCAUCUAUUGGAUCAUGGUGGGACUAAACAUUAUCAUCAACGCGUGUGUGAAAAAGUAAAUAGAUAAGAAAAAAAAAAAAAACAGUGAGAGCCAGUACAGUGUUGGUGAGCAGUGCGUGUGGGUGCAUGGAUGUGAGGCCCAGUCAAGUGCUGCCUGCCUUUGCUGCCGCCCACCUCGCUCACAGCUAAGGUCGCGCACUGAGCAGUGUGGCGCAUCUGUGCUCUAGAAACCUGUACCUCUGCCGCCACUCCAAAAUGGCAACAAAUCGGAGAAAGAAAAGUCCAUCUCCGAGUGACGACGAAUACUACGAUGCCUUCGAGGAGAGUAAUGGCAGCGACAUUAAUACCGUCCAUGCCGUUGCUUCCGACUCUCUGCUCCCGCCUGAAGGAACCAACGCGGAGCUAGAGGACUGGACGAGACGGGAGGAAGGAAAAGGAGACGAGGAUAAUCAUCUUACAUCCAGCCAAAGAGGGGAAGAAAACAGACCGAGAGACACCGGUGACUCCCACCCUACACAUAUGACAUUCACUGAGGGACAAAAUGGCUCGGCAGCAUCCUCCUCUGCCUCCCCUGCUGAGUUACCCUCUUCCUUUGUCGACGAAUUUAGCUCAUGCUCUGUAACUGAUUCUCCAGGCAAUGAUGUCUGUCUCACCGACUCUGCUUUGACCGCUGCCGACCCAUCGUUAGCCUCUACCAGCCCUGCUCUCCCUAUAGACUCCACCUCCAGUACUGUCGACACUUCCCUCAGCCUCACUGACUCCAUUCCAUCAGAUGACUUUGAUUCCACCAGCAACUCUAGCAAUGCUGGCUCUGUCUCUUCUACCCCGACCACUCCAAAAAAGGUUGUCAAGAAACACUCGACAAUGAAAUGGACCACAGCAGCGAGGGAAGUAGUGCAGGGAGGACAUAGUGAAGAGGGAUGCUUUCGACGCUCCUCCUCGAGCUCCAGCCUUUCAUCAGGGUCCGAGAGGAAGAUAUCUUCAUCAAACAUGUUGGAAGACAUUGCCCAGGGCAACAUCGACAACUGGGACGCAGAGACGGCCGUGGCGCUGCUUCGCUUCCCUACCGUGGCCAACUACUCGGGGCUCAAGAAGCUCAUGGAGAUGGCGAACAAGGACUGGCUCGAGGACUUCUUAAGCCUGGAUGGCCUCGGAGUCCUGUUUGAGUCUCUGGAACGACUUGGAGAGCGAGGAUUUUCCUCCAUCGCUGACGCAUUGCUGCAGCUGGAGUGUGUUCUGUGCAUCAAGGCUGUAAUGAACUCUACCACGGGACUCAACUACAUUACCAAUGACACCAGCUACGUCCGGAAACUGGCGAAAGCGCUCGACUCCAAGAACAUGCUGGUGAAGAAGCAAGUGUUUGAGCUUCUGUCCGCCCUGUGUGUGUACUCGGAAUGUGGUCACGGCCUGGCCCUCGACGCCCUCAACAACUACAAGGUGUACAAAAAGCAGCGGUACAGGUUCCAACUGGUGGUGGAGGAGCUAAAGGAGACGGAGGUGGUGGAAUACCAGACAACUCUCCUUGCCUUCAUCAACUGCGUGGUGCUGGGGGCCGGCAGCCUCCCUACGCGGACCGCUCUUAGGAAUGAGUUUAUUGGGUUGGAUCUGCUGGGCCUUCUGGACUCCCUGCGGGCAAAGAACAACGAGGUUCUAGCGGUGCAGGUUGCCGCAUUUGAAGACAGCUACGAGGACGACCUGGAGCAGCUGUUCGGGCCGGACGCCGCCCACCAUCUCAACCAUUACGACGCCUUCAACUCGCUCUUCGUCAAGGUACGGGACACGCCUCACGCCCUCCAGCUGCUGGGGCUGCUGAUAAACCUGACCCAGCUGAACCCUGACGACCAGGAGAGCGACGCUGUGUGGGCGCUGCUGGACCGCAUCGGGCUGCGAGCUGCAGAGGGAGGUCAUGCAUCCAGCUGGACACGAUCGGUGGCCGGCGAGGAGGAGAGGCGCAGUGUGGCGACCCAGACCACCGCCCGCCGCAUGAUGCGCCCCCCGACGCCUGUCGACCUUCGUCAGCUUAAUGUGGAGGUGCCGGAAGGGUUUGCUGAGAGACCCUUCCCCUCCUCCAGUCUUCCUUCAAGUCCCGAGCCGCCCUCAUCACCUGCCAGUCAGGGACUCAACCUCCGCGGGGCCCCGGUGGAGGAGAGCGCCAGCACUGUUAAGGACAUACACGUGCUCAACUCCAUCCCUCCUCCUCCUCCCCCGCCCGCGCCCCCCUCGUCUGGUGAGGUUUACCGGCAAGACUCUAAAUUAUCACCCUCACCCUCGCCCCAACUACCGCCCCAGCCUAGUGCUCCUCCAGCCCCUUCUCCUCCACCCCCACCGCCUCCACCUCCUCCACAGUCUGGAGGUCCUCCUCCUCCUCCUCCUCCUCCUCCUCCUCCUCCUCCUCCUCCUCCUCCUCCCCCACCACUGCCUGGAGGUCCACCACCGCCACCUCCACCUCCACCAUUACCUGGAGGUCAACCACCACCACCACCACCACCACCUCCCCCAUUACCAGGAGGUCCACCACCACCACCACCACCACCCCCACUACCUGGAGCUCCUUCGCCGCCUCCCCCUCCUCCAAUACCUGGAGCUCCUCUUCCUCCACCUCCACCUCCUAUACCUGGAGGUCCUCCCCCCGUAGGUGGGGGUUCCGCCCCACCCGCCCUGUCCCGCGCUGCCACACUGAGCCAAAGGCUGCCGCGCCCCACCAUCAAGAUGAAGCAUCUCAACUGGAGCAAAGUGAACCGCCACACCAUCAGUAAUUCUGUGUGGCAAGAAGUGCAGCAAGACUUGAGCGUCUCGCCGAUCGCUAACAUAAACUACCAACAAGUGGAGCAACUGUUCUGCCAGAAAAGCCGCGCCCCGCCCACUCCGCGUCCCUCACGUGCACAGUCGGCGAGUGAAGUGUCUCUCCUGGAUCCCAAAAAAUCUCUUAACGUCAAUAUCUUCCUAAAACAAUUUAAAAUAUCGCAUGCGGAGGUGGCGGAUCUCAUCAGGCAGUGUCGAAGUGCGGAGAUCGGCGCAGAGCGACUCAGAGGAUUUUUAAGGAUCCUGCCGGAAGACAGUGAGGUGGGCAUGAUCAAAGAGUACCAAGGGGACAAAGCCAAGCUGGGCGACGCUGAAAAGUUUUACGUAGAGCUGCUGCGGGUGGAAGGCUACCAGGUGCGCCUCGAAGGCAUGAUACAGAUGGAAGAGCUGUAUCCCGCUGCAGAGAAACUGAAGCCACAGAUCACCUCGCUUCUCACCACCGCUGACAAAAUCCUUACUAGCGACAGCCUGAAGGAGUUCUUUGCGUACAUCCUUACCCUGGGAAACUUUAUAAACAUGGGGAGUUACGCUGGGGACGCCAUCGGAUUCCGGCUACCUACCAUCUCCAAGUUGUGGGAAACUCGCGCCAACACUCCCGGCAUGACCCUGCUGCAUUACAUUGUGGAGACUGUGGACGAGAAGGAACUUGAGAUCCUCGCUUUCCUUGAUAACCUUGGUGACCUCUCUUCCCCUGCCAGGUUAAGCGUGGAGGGGUUGAGCGAGGAGGUUGGGACACUGAACUCUGACCUGACAGAGUUGACCAAAAAGUUACACGAUGCUCCCAAAGACAUCCAGGAACGCUUUUCAGAGUUCACCAAGAAGGCAGCAGGUGUGACGCAUGAUCUGCAAGUUAGCCUCCAGGAGCUGGAGCGCUCCAAGAUCAAGCUGGCUCAGUACUUCUGUGAGGACGAGUCAAAGUUCCGCCUGGAAGACUGUGUGUCUAUAUUUCACACUUUGUCGUGUAAGGUGCAGACUGCCAGAAAGGACAACGAAUCACGAAGGAAGAGGGAGGAGCGAAAGAAGCGGAUGGAAGAGGAGCAUCGACGGCAGGCGGCAGAGAGGGAGGCAACCAGCGGCAAGAAGAGAGGAAAAGGACCGCCACUGUCAAACCCUCAAGAAGACAGUGGUGGGUGUGUGAUUGACCGUCUCUUGGCUGAUAUACGCAAAGGGGACUUCAAGCUUAGAAAAAAAUCACAUGCUCCGACUAUGAGUGCGUCAAACUAAGGCUUACCAGGGCAAGUUUCCACUUCCAAUUCCGGAUUAGGUGAAAAGAAAGACCUACCUAACAGAAGACAGGUUGACUUUCAUUGCUUGGGGUGAGCUUUUUUCUCGUUGGACAAUGCAAAAUGAAGUGUGCUGUAUUCACUGGGAUGUUAUUCUCACUGACUCGAAAAUGAGGGAAAAUGCUUCAAAGGUAAAGAUUCAUUUGUUUUCCUAUGUAUGCUACACCAGAUCUAUAAAAGGAAAAGGACAAAAAGCUUUCUGUGCUUUGUAUUUUACCCUCCUAUAUAAGUUGAUUUAACAGAUUAUUCAUGAGAUAUAUAGUUUAUUUUUCUGAGUAUAACUUGUGCCCUUCAGUAAAGAGUCAAGCUGCUGUAUGGUGGACACUGUUAGCCAUCCAUGUUUUAACUGAGCGCUUCUGCAAGCAAGAAUUUGUAAAAUGGUGAAAUAGGUAUGUAUAUUCAGUAACUUUUAAGGAAUAUAGAAUAAGUAAAUAAUGAGUUAUUUAAUAAAAAACAAUAAUAAAAUACAG